CUCAGCUGUGUGUGAGUGUGAUUUCUGUGAGAUUUGUGCAUAGAUCGGCGCGCGUGAAAAAGGAGUUGAAGUUAAAGGGAUUUACUUCGUCGUUAUUAUCAUGGGCCAGAGGAAAAACCCUCGCACCCACGGCAGAAAAGAAAGUCCCAAGAAUGGGAGAAACUGAUGUGGACGGAGCCAAAAUGACAGAUCCUCCAGCUGUAAAUACAGCUGUUAAGAGCGAUAAUAAGACUGCAGAACGCCACUCGAUAUUCAGCUGGCUGUUUGUGUUGGCUAUGCUGGGUGUCUGGUUAUCUGUGGGAGUCGUCUGGUUUGAGCUGGUUGACUACAAAGAUGUGGUUGGCAGUUUAGGAGGACUGUAUGAUGCUGAUGGUGAUGGAGACUUUGACAUCGCAGAUGCUAAGGUUUUGUUGGAGAACGCUACCGUGGUCACUAAGGAAAAACCCUCAGGAAAAGAUAUUUCAGCAGAAGCCAUUGUCAGAGCAGCCCAGUCCAAGCUCAAUUAUGAGAGAGCAAAAGAAGUGGGGCCAGAGAAGGACAAAGAGCUUCCCACCAGAGACGUUGGGCGAAAGCUAAAAGCAGCUCUGAAGGAGCAGUUACGAUUGAUUCAUGAGAAGAUUGAAGCCAAAAAGAUCGCCAAAUUAGCCCUUGCUGAGGUCCGUAAUGUUUUGGCUAAAGAGGAAGAAGAUAGACAAGCUGCUCUUGCUGCUAAGAAAGCCAAAGAGGAAGCAGAAGCUAAACUUCGAAAAGAACAAGAACGAAUAGAACAAGAGAAACUAGCCAUGCUAAAGGCGGAGAAAGAGAGAGCAGAAAAAGAAAGAUUGGCCAAAGAAAAAGCGGAGAAGGAAAGAUUGGAAAAAGAGAGAUUAGAAAAAGAAAGAUUGGCCAAAGAAAAGGCAGAGAAGGAAAGAUUGGAGAAAGAAAAGGCUGAGAAAGAACGAUUGGAGAAAGAGAGAUUAGAAAAAGAAAGAUUGGCCAAUGAAAAAGUGGAGAAGGAAAGACUGGAAAAAGAGAGAUUAGAAAAAGAAAGAUUAGAAAAAGAGAGAUUAGAAAAAGAAAGAUUGGCCAAAGAAAAAGUGGAGAAAGAAAGAUUGGCCAAAGAAAAAGCGGAGAAAGAAAGAUUGGAAAAAGAGAGAUUGGAGAAAGAAAGAUUGGCCAAAGAAAAAGCUGAAAAAGAAAGAUUGGAAAAAGAAAGAUUAGAAAAAGAAAGAUUGGCCAAAGAAAAAGCGGAGAAAGAAAGAUUGGCCAAAGAAAAAGCGGAGAAAGAAAGAUUGGAAAAAGAGAGAUUGGAGAAAGAAAGAUUGGCCAAAGAAAAAGCUGAAAAAGAAAGAUUGGCCAAAGAAAAAGCGGAGAAAGAAAGAUUGGAAAAAGAGAGAUUGGAGAAAGAAAGAUUGGCCAAAGAAAAAGCUGAGAAAGAAAGAUUGGAAAAAGAGAGAUUGGAGAAAGAAAGAUUGGCCAAAGAAAAAGCUGAGAAAGAAAGAUUGGAAAAAGAGAGAUUGGAGAAAGAAAGAUUGGCCAAAGAAAAAGCGGAGAAAGAAAGAUUGGCCAAAGAAAAAGCAGAAAAAGAGAGAUUAGAAAAAGAGAGAUUAGAGAAAGAAAGAUUGGCCAAAGAAAAAGCAGAGAAAGAAAGAUUGGAGAAAGAAAGAUUGGCCACAGAAAAAGCAGAGAAAGAAAGAUUGGCCAAAGAAAAAGCUGAAAAAGAAAGAUUGGAAAAAGAGAGAUUGGCCAAAGAAAAAGCUGAAAAAGAAAGAUUGGAAAAAGAGAGAUUGGAGAAAGAAAGAUUGGCCAAAGAAAAAGCAGAGAAAGAAAGAUUGGCCAAAGAAAAAGCUGAGAAAGAAAGAUUGGAGAAAGAAAAAGCAGAAAAAGAGAGAUUGGCCAAAGAAAAAGCAGAAAAAGAGCGAUUGGAGAAAGAAAGACUCGCCAAAGAAAAAGCUGAGAAAGAAAGAUUGGAAAAAGAGAGAUUGGAGAAAGAAAGAUUGGCCAAAGAAAAAGCUGAGAAAGAAAGAUUGGCCAAAGAAAAAGCUGAAAAAGAAAGAUUGGAAAAAGAGAGAUUGGAGAAAGAAAGAUUGGCCAAAGAAAAAGCUGAAAAAGAAAGAUUGGAAAAAGAGAGAUUGGAGAAAGAAAGAUUGGCCAAAGAAAAGGCAGAGAAAGGGAGAGCAGAAAAAGAGAAACUUGCUUCAAAGAAAUCAGAAAACGACAAAGAUGAAAAAGUAAAAAGUGCAAAAGCUAAACUAGCUGAGACAGAAAAAGACAAAGAGACACAAACAAAGGAAAAGACAACUAAAGGACGAAAGGCUGACCAAUCAGAGAAUGAGAAAGAUGCAGAUGAUGAAAAGAAGAAAGAUGAAAAGAAUAACAAAAAGAACAAAAUAUCCACUCACGGUCUCCUUAAGUCCUCAAACAAGAGAAACCGAAAUUGAUGAUAAAUAAUUGAAUGUAUAACCACAUGUGAAGCGAUGUAAACCUUUGAUUAAAUAAAGGUUAAUACAAAGUGAAUUUAUCUCUUUACCUGCAGCAGAAGUCACAUUACUAACAUUUUAUGUAGCGUGACAAUAACUCGACUGUUUUUAGAACAGUGUAGCAUUUUCAGUAUAACUAAAUACUGCAGUGCUGUUUUUAGUACAGUGUACACCUUUACAAGUGAAAAAACUGAUAUUCAGAUCUGCUCGGCUAAACUCCAUCUUAAGAGUCAUUGAGAAGUUCACUCAUUUCUGCAUAUCUGCACGUUUAGAUGGUUCAUAUAAAACGAUUCACUGUUCGAAUCAAUAAUUCAGUGAUUCAUUAAAGUCUUUGUUGUAGAAAAAUAUUGAAUUCAUGUUGCUAUUAAUCAUAUGAAUUAGUGUGGCUUGCAGGUUUUAUUAGUUUAGUAAGUCAUUUCUGUUUAUGUUGACACAAAAUCAUUUUGUGUAAAUAUGUUCGUUAAAAAUGCAAGAAAGUGCGAACUCAGUAUUUGGGCGCUGUGUGAAACUUUAAGAUGUGACUUUCCAUGCGCAAACACAGAACUUAAACAACGUGUGAAUAGCACAUUGACAAGGCCCUCUUUUUCGCAUCUUCUUUGCUUGUAUAUUAAAAUAGGCAAGGCCUAAAACACAUGCAAAUGAUAAACUUUAGUGACGAUCGGAGAAGUGACACUUCUGUCAACUGGCUCAAGCAUCGUUCAUGUUGGCCCUGGGCCAUCGGGCUAUCCGUUGUUAAGCCGUGUAUUAUCUUGGUAUAUUUUUUAAAUAAAUGUAUAUGGUUUACUUUAAUAGGUUUAAUGUAUAACUUUUUGUUUGUCAUUUGUAGUUAACUCUAAAGUGAAAGUUGGAUUCACUUUAAAAAGUUACUUCAAUUUAGCUUAAAUGGUGUUACCAUUUGAAGUAAUUUUUUUAUUUUUUUCACCUAAUUCUUUUUUCACUUAAAGAAUUAGAUGCAACUUUCCCUUUUUACAGUUUAAAAGUAAAGUUAUUGAUAUUAUUAUUAGAUUUAAUAUAGUUAACUUAAUUUGACUUGAAUGUUUUAUCUUGUAUCUCAUACAGAGUAGUUUGUUAGUAGUUUCUUAAAAACAGACUUUUGUUUUAGAGGCAGCAAAAAUGUUGGUUGUUGUUUUCUGAACAAAAAAUUAUACAACUGAAAUCAUAAAAUGCAUUUACGUGAGUUCAGCAUUGUGACAGACUGUAACAAGGGACAUAAACAGAGACAAAAUGUCCAGUUCUGCACACAGAUUGUCCUCUGUUGUUAUUGGAGAAAGUCUUUUUGCAUUGUGCUGAUGUUUGUUAACAUCUUACAUAAAGCAACUCAUGUAGGUACAACGAAUGUUGACCACGCACACACCACCGAUCAUAUUGAUCACUUAUCUGUUAUUAUAAGAUAAGUAUUGUGUUAUCUGAGCCAGUAAAUGAGAUUGUAUGACGUAAGAUGAACGUGCUAAAGUAUAAUGAGGAUUAACUUGCAUAUACAGUCAUUUAUGAAUUAAUUUAAUAAAUGACUGAAUGUCAUGGAUGUCUAGCACAUUUUUGCCCUUUGUACACUAGUACACUAGUACUAUAGUGUACUGUAUAUGAAUCUAUAGGAGUAUUUACAUUUAAAAUGUAACUGGUUACUGUUUCUUUUCAGCUGAUUAUGUUUGAAUUACAUUACGGUUUUUGUUUAUAUUGCAGUUUACUUAAAUAAUAUUAAAGUGUGACAAGUGAUGUUUUGAAAGUGCAAAUAUUUGAAUGUAGUCUCUCAGUUGAUCUGUUUAUGUUGUUGUGAUCAACCAUGUUUUUCUGGCAUUAUUUAGUUUUUAGAAUGAUGUUUGAGACUUUAUAGGGGUUUGUUGUAAACACAUUGCUAAUUUCUUGUCAUUGCAUAUAUGGGUCAACAACACACAGUACUGGUAUUGUGUGCUGGUAACAUGGACAAUUAAUUAGUAUUACAGUCAGAACAUCAGUAUUAUCUGCAAAUUAAACUUUUUCUAAUUUCUGAAAAAAAAA